UUCUUUUUAAACUCUACAGCACAAACAUUAGUAUGCUCACACCUCAUAAAGCCUUCUUGUAGUCUACAGUAGUCUGCUUUCGGCUUUGAACCACUGAGCUUGUAAACAACGAGGCAUUCGUUAAAUGCCCACAUUUGUCAUGUUAUGGGUUUUAGAGUAAUAUGUUGAUAAGUCUUUACUGUGUUCAUCGUACUGAGAGGGGGCUUGCGGCCAGUAGGGGAGGGGCGCGCGCCGGCCGAGCAGCUGUAUGCAAAUGAGACGCGACAAGCACGCGCCACACAGCAAACACGCGCACAUGCGGCCGGUGCGCACGCACACAAUCUCAUUAAAAUGCCAUCGAAGUGCAUUGUGCUGGAUAAGACCUAGACAAACAAACUUCACAUAAUGUUAACACAGAGGAAAACAUGCUCUGAUGAAGAGAAAACGAGUGAAGAAUCAGAACUUAAGAUGAAGUAGAAUAUUAGAUGAGCGCAGAUCCAGUUGGAUGAUUUAAGCAAAACUUUAGAUGCUUUUGGGAACGUUGUUGUGUGUUAUACUAAUUAAAGAACAUCUCACUGUUGCGUGUCGUGUUAAACUCCUCUAGUGUUGUAAUAUUUCUGAAACUGCAGGGGAGAAUGGUGGCAGUCGCAUAUCUCAAUGCUUGAGCAAUUAUUUGACUCGGUCAUACAGCAGCUUUAUGCUAAUGAGGGGAACAAUGGAUGAAUGCAAACCCGUGCAACACGUCUGUCCAAUUAUGCGCGCAAAAGAGAAUCUAAAGCAACUGUUUCACAGAGUAAAAAUAAGAUCCUUUGGUGCUGGAAACCUUUAGAGCUGCGAUGAAGCUUUCCGUUUGCUGACAGUAAACUGAUGAAAAUGACCAUAAGCGCAGCUUAUUCCAUUUCCUCUGUGCUUAUGGCUCAAAAUAUACCACAGAUGAUGGUAUUUAAAACUAAACGAACACAUUAUGUAGAGCACAACCAUUAGUGAAGACAUUAAAUACUGUGCAAUAGUAAACUUCAUGUAAGUGUUUUCUUUACAGGAAAUGUGUGUAGCUUGUGCUGUGAUGGAAGGAGUUACACAAUACAACAUUCUAGCAAAAGCUCCAGUGUCUCAAGUUGUCAGUGGUCACGGUGGUUUGAAGAAAUGCAAUGAUGGCUGACCCUUGGCUUGACCUCGAGGUCAGCGCUCAUCUUUGAUUGCGUCCAGCACGCGUCUCUCUUUUGGCCAGAUUGCUCGUGUAUCCCUGUAGAGGUCAAUUUGCUUUUCAAAGGCAAAAAAGCCUGUGACGGCUGGCCAGACGCGGCCAUUGUGUUCAGAGAUGAGGGCUUCUUCUGAUGACUUAUGCAUGCGUUAGCCAGCUGAUUUAUACUGCCCUCAGACAGACGCGUGGCAUUACAAAUCUCCCCUAAUGUCCAGAUUUGCAAACUUGGGGAACACAGGAAGCGCUCUGGACGAACAUGUUCGGGUUUCAUAAGUAGCUACUAAUUAAUAACAUGAGAUGUGUAAUUACUUUGUGGAGCUUCUCGUAAAUACUCGUAAAUAGUUCGUUUUUAGUAUUGUAAUAGGCUAAGCGUCAAACAGUUUCCCCAUCCAAAUUGUUUAUUUUUCGAAGAUGAAAUUCUUUAACAUAUUACAUAUUUUACAAAAUAGCAACGUUAAUAAAACUAUUUUCUUUUUCUCGUCUACAUUCUAUAACUUGUACAAUUACUGGCUCUAACGAUAAAUUAUUGCAACUGUAAUGUAAUCACUUAUAUUUAAAGUAUUUAAAAAGCAUUCAGAAUAAAUGUAGGUCAUAGCCUACAUACAGCUAAAUCUGCAGUCUGCAACAGUUAGCACUCUGUAUUGUCCCGCAGUUAUUUGCGAAUAAGAUUGUAAACAUAAAUACAAAAAAGACAUUACACCGACAAAUGCAUCAAGAUUUAAGUUAAGACAUUCUCCACCAUCACAGGUCUAAACAUUGAGAAAGAACUUUCUUUGUUGUCGGUCAUUUGAAAUUCUGAUGAUGACGACGAUGAUGGCCGUGAGUGACAUUUCCCUCUGUCCCCUACAGCCGCGGCACGCGCUCCUCUCCAUACAUCUCCAUCAGACCGUGAAUAGAGAGCAGCGCGCAUUACUACAAUAAAGGCCAGGUACAUCUGCUCUGUAGCGCCCGGUCCGAGUCUCUCAGCCCUCCCACGGGCAAUUCCACAGAGAUCCUCGCUCGCCCCUGAUUGGAUGAGGAUGGAGCGACGAGGGGCGAGAACAAUAACAUCAUUCCAGCUUAAAAAGAGUGCAGCUAUGCGUUGAGAAGCAAAAGCAUCUCUCAGAGGGAGGGAGGCGGACGGCUGGAUCUCGUCUUGUUGUGCCUUGUCAUCCUCGCCUCAUCCAUCCGCCGACAUGCCCAAAGGAUUCCUAGUGAAACGAAACAAGAAAGCGGCGCUCGUUUCGUACCGGAUACGCUCGGACGAGGAUGGAGGAUCCGCUCAAGAAUGUCAAACCGCGCAGAUCGCCUCGUCCUCACCCGCGCCCAGCGCCUCCAAGCCGGACAGCGUCAUCUCAGCGCUCCCGUCGGACGGAGCAGAGGCGCCGGUGCCGGUCCACAAGCCGGUGCAGUUCGGCAACCCGGAGGCGGUGUACCAAGCCCUGUACAGCCCCACCCGGCCUAUCAGCAAGGAGCACGACAGGAAAUAUUUCGAGAGAAGUCUCAAUCUCGGUUCGCCCGUCUCUGCCGAAUCGUUCCCGACUGCCGCCUCACUCACCAGCCUAGACCAUCAUCUUCUGUUCGCGCCGGUCGACUUGAAAAUCGGCAGCAGCAACAGUAACCGGAGCGGAACGGCCAGCGGCGCGCACGCCCCCGCCAUCCGGACCGGCGCCAAAAGACCGUCCUCUGACGCCGCCGAGCGUAAGAGCGGCAAAAGCGCCAAGAAACCCAAAGCCAUACGCAAACUCAACUUCGAGGAUGAGGUGACGACUUCCCCGGUGCUGGGCCUGAAAAUCAAAGAGGGGCCCGUGGAGCCAAAGCCCCGAGCGGCUUCGGGCAGCAGCAACAAGCCCCUGGGGGAGUUCAUCUGCCAGCUGUGCAAAGAAGAAUACUCGGACCCGUUCUCUCUGGCACAGCACAAGUGCUCCCGGAUAGUGCGGGUGGAGUACAGGUGUCCCGAGUGCGAGAAGGUCUUCAGCUGUCCGGCAAACCUGGCCUCGCACCGGCGCUGGCACAAACCGCGCGUCCCGAGCGCGCCCAAACAACCCCUCCAACCCGCCAAACCUUUCCCCGAAGACCUGAGAGCGGAGUUCCCCAGCGACAGAGACUCCCCGAGCCCGGGUCUGUCCGAAUCCGGCUCGGACGACGGGCUCUACGACUGCCAGCACUGCGGGAAGAGAUUCAAGCGCCAGGCUUACUUGAGGAAGCACAUCCUGGCGCACCAAGCGCUCCAGAAUCAAAUCCUCGGGGAGGCUUUUCGCAACGCGGAGAGCCCCGACAUCGUGCCGUCGGAGGACAGCCAAAGCCCGCUCAAUCUAAGCCCCGCGGACUGUCUCACGUGUCCGGCCUGCGGAGAGAAGCUGCCCAACCGGGCGAGUCUGGAACGACACCUGCGCCUCCUGCACGACGAUUCCCAGGCGUUUCCCUGCAAGUUCUGCCCUGCCACUUUCUACAGCUCGCCGGGUCUCACCAGGCACAUCAACAAAUGCCACCCCACCGAAAACAGGCAAGUCAUCCUACUCCAGAUGCCCGUGCGCAAUGCCUGCUGAAGAAGAACCGACUCCAAUCUGUCCUUUUAGAACGCUCUAUUUUCUUCAUCCGAUCCCUCACUAGAAAAGUCUGGAGAAAAGUAUUAGUUUGGUCCUUACAAAGGUAUUUUUCUAGAACCCUUGCACACAUGGUAAUGUAAUAGCUCCUAGACCUAAGAUAUGUUCAUGUACCUCUGCCUUGAAUUCACAUGCUGUGCGUUUCACGUCUGUAGCUUUAAUCUAGUAUGUGAAUUACAGGACUGAAAAUGUUCUCUCUCUUUUUCUUCGUACUGAAAACUACAACUACAACAAAUCUUGAAAAGUUUCCCUUUAGUAGCCAGAAAUGCCUUUAGAGAAAUACAUCAAACUACUGCCUUAAGAACUCUUCAGUGUAAUGAUUGUUUUUGAAUGUCGGCACACAAUUACAACUUACUAUCAUGAUGUAAAAUUAUUGUAAUAUGUUUAUUCGUAAUAUUUUAUUUAUUUAUGUAUUUAUUUAUUUUCAAUGGCUUUGUAUAAUUUAUUGUGUGACUUUUUCCCUGUGUCACAUGUUGCUGUCGAAUCGUUGUGUCGAGAUCAUCUUGUCUUGGGUUUUGUGCGCUCCCUUGAAACGUGAAGCUCUUAUAGAUGCAAUCUUUUUCUACGUAUACAGCUUAUUUUCCUAAAUGUUUGCUACCUAUCGCUUUAUAUGUGCGUCCGUGUUGUCUACUCAAAUAAAAUAUUUUCAAAAUGAAAAA